AAAAAAAACAAAAUAUGUCGCCGCAAUGAACGUCGCAAAACGUGCCCGUCUGAUGCUUAAAGAUCUUUGAUAAAUGUAUAUGUAUACCACUCGCUGCAGCAAAACGUAUCCUGAACCGUAUUUUAUAAUUUAAAGAUUGAAUUUACAAAAGUUUCGUUAAUGAGAGUGGUCCUUAUAUAAAUGUGUAAUGGGUUAUAGAUGUCCGUUUAUAAAAUGCCUUAAGUGUGAAACCAAUUAAUGAAGUACCUACGAGGGGCAGGGUGUCUUGUUUGAGAAUGUCCAUCUAGGUAAAUAUUCUCGUUUUGUUAACCAGCUGGUGCUGCCUAUACGAAGAUAAUUUAAUAAAAAAAAUAUCAUAACAUUGCGAGUUUUCGAAACUAGAUACCCAAUGCAUCUUGUUCAUAGUAAUUUCAUUCGUUGGAUCAUACUUAAUUAAAUAUAAUUUUAUACAUAUUUUUGAACUCAACUGUACUUAUAUAGUUGUUAAAUAAUUAUAUCAAAGAUUUUUAUUACUUAUCUACUAUUUCCGCGCGUAGGUGCAACACACUGGUUUUCUUGCAUGUGCAUGGUUGGUUGGGAAGUAAGAGCAAAUAUUGAAAAAUAUGAUAUACUCUCUAAUUAACGCGAUUUUAAAUCUAAUCACUACAUUUACAUAUAAGAAAUACAUUUUUGUGUGAAAUAUAAAGAUCUAGUUUCAGAUACAGAUUUGUUACUAUUGCAAGAGUGUGUGAAAGGAAUGGGUUUGCCUUUAUAACAUAUCCUGCUUUCGGUUAUAGAGAGUGUACAGUUUGCUUGUUUCGGGUACCAGGGUGACACAGACAUGAAGUCAGCUUUUUUGUUCUAUAUGUACAAGAAGGGAGUGAUAUUAUAUUCGGUGCUACUCUGUUUGGUAUAAUGAACAUGUUUUCUACCCGGAAUAGACAGUGCAAAUCAUACGGAACCAUGGAAUUCAUCACUGGUCUUAGGGGCUAUACCGCUAACUGAACAUGGCAAGCUAGAUAAUUGUAGAAUGUUCGGAGAUAAUAAGACGGUAGUGGAGUGCCAGUCUUGGGUUUAUGACACGACAUUUUACACGUCGUCUCGUGGCAUUGAGUGGGAUUUCGUAUGCAGUAGGCGAUGGAUGGGUGCUGCCCCACAAACUGCUUAUAUGUUUGGAGUUAUUGCCGGUUCACUAAUCUUUGGUCGACUUUCGGAUAAACUUGGAAGAAAAACUGCUUUCGUUUGGUCUGGCGUUCUACAGCUUCUGUUGGGCACGGCCGUCGCUUUUACUACUAACUAUUACACGUUUGUAGCAGUUAGGUUCAUUUAUGGUAUUUUUGGAUCAGGCUCUUAUAUAGCUGGAUUCGUGUUGACAAUGGAAAUCGUAGGACCCAGCAAGAGAACAAUAUGCGGUGUCACAUUCCAAAUUAUGUUUGCCGUUGGGAUAAUGUUACUCGCCGGUUGGGGAUAUCUUCUAGACAAUAGAUUCUAUUUACAAAUUAUUUAUGCCUUGCACGCAGCUGUAUUACUUCCUCACUGGCUAAUAAUGGACGAGUCCCCGAGGUGGCUUUGGUCGCAGGGACGUGCUAAAGAAUCCGUAGCUAUUAUUGAGAAAGCCCUUAAAAUGAACGGAGUUACGGAGCCGGUAGACACCGCGGCGUUAGUGUCUCUAUGUAAAGCAACUAAUGCCAAGUUCGAGGACGAACAGUCGGCUGGAACGGGUGACCUCUUCAAAACACCAAAGAUGUUAAGGAAAACGCUAAUUAUUUGCGCAUGUUGGUUUACCAAUUCAGUGGUAUAUUAUGGCCUUUCUUUAAACACUGGAAAAUUAAAUGGAAAUCCUUUCUUUAUAAUAUUCUUAAUGGGCAUAGUGGAGUUGCCCGCUUAUGUUAUCAUUACAUACUUCUUGGAUCGCGUUGGUCAUAGAGCCCUUAUAAGUGCAAUGAUGUUGUUGGGCGGAAUAGCCUGUUUAGUCAUAGUCAUACUGCCCCAUGGAUCUUCUUCGACCACUGGAAUCGUGAUGGUUGGAAAAUUAUUUAUAUCUGGCUCAUAUUCUAUAAUCUACAAAUAUUCAGCAGAACUCUUUCCGACUGUAGUUCGCAGUUCGGGUGUAGGCCUUGGAAGUAUGUGCGCCAGCGUGUCUGGGGCUCUCACGCCUCUAAUCAAUUUGUUAGAUACCCUCAAUCCCAAAAUUCCAACAAUUAUUUUUGGAUUUUUGGCUUUGCUAUCAGGAUUUUCCACAUUGUUCUUGCCUGAGACGGUCGGUCGUAGUUUGCCCCAGUCAAUGGAUGAUGGUGAAAAGUUUGGUGUUGGAGACACAUGCUUCACUAAUUGUAGUGGUCGGCCAAUGACUGACAGUGUUCCAGAUAUUCCGGAAGCCAUGGUGCCACUUGAUUCAACAGGAAAGAAAGAGAAAGAAUAAUAGAAAUAAUUGAUGCAAUGAAACGUGUUUCGAACGUUAAACUGAGAUGAGCAAGCUUUUUUAUUAAAUCUAAACUAUUGAUUUUUUAUUUUAAACGCAUAAGCGCCCGUGCAUAUCAUUCGGAGUACUACUCUCGUACAUUUUUCUACCGAUGUAAUAUCCAAUCUGAAUUUAGAUUGAAGUAAAAUAUCAUUCUCCUAGAUCAAACUAUAAUCUAUUAUAAGCUAUUAUUUGAAUUACGUUUACAUACUUAAUCUUAAAUCAUCUCUAGAAAAAUGCUCGAGUGGUUAUCUUCCUGGGAGUUUAAAAGUACUACUUGGGCAAAUCAUAUUAUGAAAGAUUCAAAGUUUUGUAAGAAACUUAAAUAACAUGAGGUACCUUUUACCUUAUUUUUUUUAAAUAAUGUCUUUUCAAAUAUGAAUCAAUUAAAGUGGCUUUUUACAUCCCAGGUAGAAGUUUACACUAAGUCAAUAUAAAAAGUAAGUCCGAAUUAAGUUACUUAAUUUUAAAUCUUGAUAUUAUUCACAUAUUUUUCCAUUUUGGUCGUAUGAAAAUUGUUAAUAAUGGAAUGUUAAAUAGUUUCAUAUUACACCUUUUCUGGUCAAAUACAAUGUCAUAUUAUACGUAAAUAGGGUAGUGAUGUAGGUACUUAGUUUUAAUCCGUAUUUAUAUGCUUAAGAUUAUCUAGUCAGCAAAAAUAUAACUUAAGCAAAUCGUUCUUGCAGAACUGUUGUUGCUUGAGACUGGAUGAUUUUAUAUUUCUCAAAUAAUCAAUAGACAGAUGCUUUUACACUAAAAUAAAGAACUAAAAAAAAUCUACGUAAACUAAAACUAGAAGGGACCGUCUAAAUUAUUUAACCUUUAUUUACCUUUAUAAAUUAGAUUUAUUGUUAUAUUAAUAGAAA